GCCGAGCCACCUGACAGUGGUUUUUGCAGAUAUUUGCUAAAUGGAGCACAAAUCUGAUCCCGGACCACGGCAACACACAUUAGGAAGAUGCAACAAAAUGUUUGAGCAUCCUAAAGGGGUUUGGAUGUCACCAGCAAUGGCCCGUGGCAGCUGGGAGAGCUGGGGAAGUUGGCUGAAGAUUGCAGCGGUGAUGGUAUUGCUGUCUCCACCGGCCUGCUGCUCCAACAUCCUGGUGGUGCCAGUGGACGGCAGCCACUGGCUCAACAUGCGAGUGCUGCUGGAGGAGUUGCAUGCCCGGGGACACAACAUCAGUGUGCUGCGCUCGUCCUCCAGCCUGUACAUCGCCGAGGAGCCCUCACUCUACCACUGCUUCACCAUGUCCCUGAAUGGCAAGAUGGGCAUCAUAGAGGACCAAGAGAUGUUGUCGCAGUUCCUGAUGGACUCACUGGAGAUCCUGCGUGGGGGACUGAGCCUGACUGCCUUUGUGCGCAACACCCAGAUCACCCGCAAGAUGCUGUGGGAGACUCACCACAAGCAGCAGGAGUUCAUCCAGCUCCUGUUUGAGGACGGCGCGCUGAUGGAGAAGCUGCAAGGAGCUGGGUUUGCCCUGGUGCUGACCGAUCCCUUCUUCCCGGCCGGCGUGAUGCUGGCCCACCACUUGCAGCUGCCUCUGGUCUGCCACACCCGCUGGCUGUCCUUUGGUGAUAGCCACUAUUUGAUCGCGCCAUCGCCCACCUCCUACGUGCCUGUGGUGGGCUCGCGCUACACCGCCAACAUGUCCUUCCUGCAGCGGCUGGCCAACGCCUUGCACUACAUCAUCACUUUCAAGCUGGGCAGCGCCAUGAUACACCCCAGUUACGAUGAGCUGUGCCACCGGUUCCUGGGGCCGGGCACCGACAUCGAGACCCUGACGCAGCGCGCCGACCUGUGGCUGAUGAAGGUGGACUUUGUCUUUGAGUUCCCGCGGCCCACCGUGCCCAACAUAGUCUACAUCGGGGGACUCCAGUGCCGACCAGCCCGGCCGCUGCCGCCAGACCUGGAGGAGUUCGCUCGGGGCUCUGGUGAGCACGGCGUGGUCUUCAUGUCCCUGGGCAGCCUCGUGACACAGAUCCCCGCUGAGCUGGCAGAAACCAUCGCUGAGGCUUUCGCCCAGCUGCCCCAGAGGGUGAUCUGGAAGUACCAGGGUGACAGGCCGGCAAACCUGGGCAACAACACCCUCCUGGUGCGCUGGGCGCCGCAGAACGACAUCCUCGGGGACCCCCGGACCCGGGCCUUCAUCUCCCACGGCGGCACCAACGGUAUCUACGAGGCUAUCUACCACGGGGUGCCGGUGCUGGGCCUGCCCCUGAUGUUCGACCAGUACGACAACCUGGUGCGGCUGGACAGCCGGGGUGCCGCCCUGACCCUGGACGUGAGUCGCCUGGACUCCCAGCAGCUGCUGGAAGGCCUGAGGAAGGUCCUGAGUCAGCCCUCUUACCGGGAGGCCAUGGCCCGGCUCUCGGCUAUGCACCGCGACCAGCCGCAGACCCCGUUGCAACGUGCUGCCUUCUGGGUGGAGUUUGUCUUGAGGCACGGCGGAGCUGCCCACCUGCGGCCCGCCUCCUUCAGCCUGUCCUGGUACGCCUACUACAGCCUGGACGUGGCACUGUGCUUGGGCAUGGUUGUGGCGUUCCUCACCGGGCUCGCCCUCCUGGCCAUCAGGAGGCUUUACCAAGCCCUGAGGAGGGUGAAGGAGAAACAAUCCUAACACAGGGCUUCGCUCGGUCAGUAGGCAGGGUGUCGGGGAGUGGGGUGGGUGGUGGGUGUUAGAUUCUGGUCUAACUGCUACCUUUCUCUUCACCUGCAAGCAUUCCUUUCUCCUGCAGGGUGGGUCAGCUAUUUGACUGCGGUCGGCAUCGCCAUCAACCUCCAAUUCCAUUUCCCUGGGGCUUUGAGAAGUUGACAUCCGGUGGGUUUGGGACAGGAGGGGAGCAACUCUCAGAUGCUAAUGCACCCACCAUCAUGAGAGUCCAGAAUGAUUCCCAGUGUAGGUACUGGGGCGGAAGGGUGGGGGGGGGGUGGGCAGCUAUGUGCUUCAUUAACUAUUCCUGGGACAUGGGCAUCACCUAUCGGCCUUGCUGUUAUACUAUUAAUCCAGGGACACAGGGAAUGUUCUGGGCACCCUCCAUGCCUGAUGGUGGAACAAGAGUUCAAUAAAAAAAACAAUCUCGAACUA